UUUGAACCAUUGAAUCGUUUAAAGCUACGCAGACAGGUCUUGAAAGUUGAUGAUUUCUACCAGCAGCGAGUGUAGUAUUGUUUAUUCUGCAGUUGAGACUUGAUACAUGGUGAAUAACUGCGGUGAUACGGGGGAAUGUUGGCAACAGGUGGGUGCCAUUGUGGAGGAAACGAUUACAAUAACUCAAAGAAGUGCCACAGAUUGUGUUAGAAUAAAACAGGCAAGGCCCCAGAUGCUCUGGUAUAUGUGUUUUGUUGAAACAAUGAAGAGAAAUCAAUGUGCUUUAAUUGUCUUUUAAAAGCAUCGACUUUUUCUUUAUUUUUUUCUCUUUCAGACCCCCCUCCCCCUCUGCUCAUACCUUUUAGCCCGAGUGUCUAGUUUGAUGUUGGCUUUGUGCUGGCGCUCACCUCCUCCUGACUAAGGGCGUUAGCUCUGCCUGGCUGCCCCUGGGCUCGGGCUCGGGGGCUCUGAACCGGACUAGCAGCCUUUCUGAGUCAGUCAUGCGAGCUCUCCAAUUAAAGCCAAAGGAAUGAAUAUGCCUCUUACACAUCCAGUCUAUCUGCCGCUAUCAUUACAGAAGCGCUUCUCUAAAGAUGGCCUUUCAAGUGCGCUUGGUGUCAGAAGUGCCACGUGAUGAUGGUAGAAUCAGCAACUGAGACCAUUCGAACAACACCCUCCAAUCAAAAUGGAGUCAGCAGCCUAAGCAGCCAGUCAGAUGGCGGAGGAAGAGAGGGCGGGUCCAACGGUGACAUCAAUGGGGAGAUCAGCCCGUUGGAUUUACUGCAUCUUCAACAGCAGCAGGCCCUCCAGGCAGCACGCCAGUUCAUCCUCCAGCAGGCCACAGGACUCAACUCCCCCAGCAGCAACGAGGUCAAACAGAGCCCCGUGCAGGUGCCGGUAUCCAUGGCGAUGAUGACCCCACAGAUGAUAACUCCUCAGCAGAUGCAGCAGAUCCUCUCUCCGCCUCAGCUCCAAGCUUUACUCCAACAGCAACAAGCCCUUAUGCUGCAACAGCUGCAGGAGUACUACAAGAAGCAACAGGAGCAGCUGCACCUCCAGCUCCUUACCCAGCAACAGCAAGCAGGGAAGCAGGCCAAAGAGCAGCAGCAGUUGGGGAAUAAACAGCUGGCUUUCCAGCAGCAGCUGAUCCAGAUGCAACAACUACAGCAGCAACACAUUCUGAAUCUACAAAGACAGGGCCUGGUGAACCUACAGCCGGGACAAGGAGCAGUACCCAUUCAGAGCCUGCAGCAAGCCAUGUGUCCCACUGACCUGCAGCAGUUGUGGAAGGAUGUGGCCUGUGUUCAGAGCACAGAGGAGGCCAUGAAACACGAGGGCCUCGAUCUGACAACCAAUAGCUCCAACACUACCUCAUAUUCAGCCUCCAAGGUCUCACCUCAGAUCCCCCAUCAUCCUUUGCCAAAUGGACUGAACUCUGUGCAUACUCCAAAGAGAGACAGAGCAAGACUCUUUGAGUGGAUCUCGUCCUUCACCAAGGAGUCCAGUGACGAGCAUCUCACGCCUUAUUCCAAAGGCACUCACCUGCAGAGCACUCACUCAACCCACGAGGAACACACGGCCUCCCACCCACUCUACGGACAUGGCGAGUGCAAGUGGCCAGGCUGCGAAGCGCUCUGCGAGGACAUGGGCCAGUUCAUCAAGCACCUGAACAGUGAACACGCCCUGGAUGAUCGCAGUACGGCCCAGUGCAGGGUCCAGAUGCAGGUCGUUCAACAGCUGGAGAUACAGCUGGCCAAAGAGAGCGAGCGUCUGCAGGCAAUGAUGACCCACCUGCAUAUGCGUCCAUCUGAGCCAAAGCCUUUCAACCAACCUUUGAACCUGGCCUCUAGUGUGUCGCUGUCAAAAAGAGAAAGUGAGGGGUUUCCUGAUGGCUUGCCUCAUCCCCCCACCUCUGCCGCAACUCCCAUCACCCCCAUGAGGCAGGGACCCUCCGUCAUCAGCUCCUCCAGCCUGCACGGAGUCGGGCCCAUCCGUCGGCGCAACUCCGACAAGUUCUGCACCCCCAUCGCUUCAGAACUUGCACAGAAUUGUGAAUUCUACAAAAACGCUGAUGUCAGGCCUCCAUUCACCUACGCCUCCCUCAUACGACACGCCAUUCUGGAAGCCCCUGACCGACAGCUGACUCUAAACGAGAUCUAUAACUGGUUUACACGAAUGUUCGCCUAUUUCAGGAGAAACACAGCAACAUGGAAGAAUGCUGUGCGCCAUAACCUGAGUCUGCACAAGUGCUUUGUGCGGGUCGAGAACGUCAAGGGUGCUGUUUGGACCGUGGACGAAGUGGAAUACCAAAAGAGGAGACCACCAAAGAUGACCGGAAGUCCCACUCUCGUGAAGAAUAUGAUUACUGGGCUGGGAUUUGGCUCCCUGAAUGCCAGCUAUCAGGCUGCACUUGUGGAGAGCAGUCUUGGUCUUCUGAACAGCCCCACCCUGAUGAACAACAGCACAGGUGCGAGCCUCAACAUGCUGCAUGUCUGCCACGAUGAUGUCAGCAGCACUGUUGAACAAGUCAACAGUAAUGGCAGCUGCAGCCCUGGCCUUUCUCCGCAGCAGUAUGGACACCAUGUCCACGUGAAGGAGGAGCCAGCUGAGAUGGAGGAGGACAGCAGACCCGUGUCCCUCAUGGCAACUGUCACACAAAACCUGUGCAUGCCUGGUGAUGAGCGCGACAUGGACGAGGAGCUUCCCACAGAGGAGCUGGAGUAGGAGGAAGUGUUGAUGGAGGCGGAGCUCACUGGCCCUGUCCCUCCUCGUAUUCAAGAUGUUCAAGAUCAAGUGAGAAAACAAAGAUAAAAAACCAACUACAACUUCAGAAACCAAAACAGGGUUAGACCUCAUCAGUUCCCAAUGCAAAAACACGUCCCCCACUCCACCCUUAAUUUUUUGUUUCCUCAGUCAGUCCCCUCGAAAAGGCUCUUUGAGCAGCUGUGCGUUCAUGUCCUCCUGUACUUUGAAACAUGGUCUGAUAGAAGUACGGACCACCGUGUCUAAAGCUACUGAGGGAAACCUGACGUCAGUAUACAAGCUUAGUCAUUUUUUCCCACAAGUCACUCAAGUUUUCUCUAUUUUAAGUCGUUUUUAGCUUUAAUUUUUAUGUUCUUUGGGCCUAAGAACACUGCUUUUCCAUGGGAUAAAUACACAGCGGUGAUUUACCUCAGAAAGAUGUUCACAUGUUUGAAAAAAAGAGGAAGAAGAUGACAAACACACAUCUUUAGAAUGACUUGUUCAAGGGGAUGCUGCAAGACUCAGUAACUUUGCGGUCACACAAAUAAAUUCACCACUCUCGACAAAGGCAAAGACUGAAACAAAACGAGCUGAAUGACUGGCAACGGUAUCCCUGGCCAUCUAACCAACUCAUUUUUUUUUUUUCUCCCUUCCAUGACUGGACUAGAGAAACGGGGAGCGCGUUCUGUCUCAAGGCAGUGUUAGCCUCCGAUCAGAUGGCGGUUGCUUGCGCUGUCCCUGUCUUUAUCUGAUGGUAUCCGCAAGAAUCUGCCAGAACGUGUUUUUUCCCCUCGCUCUUUGUCAAACUAAACAUAGAAAACGUUGCUACCCCCAAAAAAGGCGUAUUUCAGGAAACUGAACUUUUUCGCUGUUGUUCUCCUGUGGUGCUGUUAUGACAGCCAGACUGAUAUGAGGCUUGUGGAGGACCAGCUUAGAGACUUUAUUGACUGUAUUGUUGAUUAUAAUACAUAAUAUGUGUGCAGUAGCUUUCGAUUUCAUUUUAUUUUCAUAGUCAUUUAUUUCUAAAGGAUCAACAUUUUUCAUUGUGAUGUAAUUCAACUGUUGUCUUCUGUUAAUGAUUGUUUUGUUUUGUUUUUUGAAUUCUCUCAUCAUUCCAAAAAGGGGUUCCAUUUAGGAGAGACGUUCCAAAAUCCUUUGUUCUACAAACUCCCCCCAAAAAAAAAAAAAGUCCAAAACUUAUCCUAGUGUUGGAUCACAAGUAUUUGAGGAUAGCACUUAUAAUUAAGUGAAAACUUCCAAAACAGAACCACAGAUGAAAUCUAACAUUAAAUACCAACAAAACCACUCAAUCAUUUCUUUAGCAGAGAGAAGCUGAAACUAAAGAGACAGAGGUGGAAUACACAUUGCAGGGCUCCCUGUAAGAUCCUAGAGAAAA